GUUUUGCCAGGUCAAUGAUGAGAAGCUUGAUUGAUGCAAUUACAACAGACGUGCAGAUGCACCACUGUUUUUCUUCAAAUGUUCCAGGAAUUGUUAUUCUUAAAAGCAAAACCCUACUGAAAGUUGCAGUGGAAUGCCAAACUGCUUUCACAAGAAGGAUCAGCCACCAACAAGAGGUGUUAAAGGAACGUGGCGAGAAGAGAAAAAGGAGAAUACACACAUGAUCGAUGACGGCUUGGCUCAGCCAUGGCUGCUGUGUCAUGGAAAGAGGUUUUGCUUUUGACUGGACUGGUGGUGGGAUGUUACUGGAACAGUCUGUCGUGUGGUUUUGUGUUUGAUGACGUCUCAGCCAUCCUUGACAACAAGGACCUAAGACCCUCGACCCCAUUAAGAAAUCUUUUCCUUAAUGACUUCUGGGGAACUCCCAUGGCAGAGGAGCGUAGUCACAAAUCCUAUCGGCCUCUGACGGUGCUCACCUUCCGACUCAACUAUCUCCUCAGUGAGCUGAGUGCUGCCUCCUACCAUAUGUUCAACGUCAUCCUGCACGCCAUCGUGUGCGUGCUAUUCCUGAGGGUGUGUCGCUUGUUCCUGGACAGGACGUCCGGCUUGGUUGCGGCGCUGCUCUUUGCCGUGCAUCCCAUCCACACGGAAGCUGUGACGGGUGUGGUUGGUAGAGCGGAGCUCCUGUCUUCAAUCUUCCUCCUUGCUGCUUUUCUGGCCUACACUAAGUCCACAGGUGGUGACCACUCCAUUGUUUGGACACCCAUCGCUCAGACAGUUCUCUUGGUGGCCGCAGCAACACUGUGCAAAGAGCAGGGCAUCACAGUGGUUGGCAUCUGCUGCGUCUAUGAGGUCUUUGUCGCCCAAGGGUUCACCUUGCCCAUGUUGCUGGACACGCUGCGGCAAGUCGCGCAGGGCAAAGGCGCGUUCCCGUACACUGUCCUCCAAAUGCUGCUGAAACUCAUCGUCCUCGUCAUCAGCACGCUGCUGCUUGUCAUCGUCCGCGUCCAGGUCAUCCAAUCUCAGCUUCCCGUCUUCACCAGAUUUGACAACCCCGCAGCCGUCAGCCCUACCCCCACUAGACAGCUAACUUUCAACUACCUACUUCCUGUCAAUGCCUGGCUGCUGCUCAACCCCUCAGAGCUGUGCUGCGACUGGACCAUGGGCACCAUCCCUUUAGUGGAGUCUGCCUUGGACCGACGCAACCUGGCCACCUUGGUUUUCUAUGUCUUUUUAGGCCUGCUGGCGUAUCGCAGCAUCACCUGCAGGCACAGCUCCGCCAAGACUGUCAUCAUGGCCUUGUCUCUGAUCGUCCUUCCCUUCAUUCCUGCUUCCAACCUCUUUUUCCCUGUGGGAUUCGUGGUGGCAGAGAGAGUUCUUUAUGUUCCCAGCAUGGGCUUCUGUGUGCUUGUAGCACACGGAUUCAAGAUCGCCUUGCAUAAAGGAUAUCUGAAGAAGAUUGCCUGGUUGAUGUUAGGAGUUCUGUUAACCAUGCAUGCAGUGAAGACCUUCAACAGGAAUUGGGACUGGGAGUCAGAAUAUACUUUGUUCACAUCUGCUCUGAAGGUGAACAAGAACAACGCAAAGCUGUGGAACAAUGUCGGACAUGCACUGGAGAACCAAAACAAUUACGCCAGAGCGCUGCGCUAUUUUCUGCAGGCCACCUUUGUGCAGCCAGAUGAUAUCGGUGCACACAUGAACGUUGGAAGAACCUACAAGAACCUGAACAAGUCCAAAGAGGCAGAAGAUGCUUACUUAGUUGCCAAGUCACUCAUGCCACAGGUCAUUCCUGGUAAGAAGUACGCCACACGCGUGGCCCCUAACCAUCUCAACGUGUACAUCAACUUGGCCAACCUGAUCCGUGCCAAUGAAUCCCGACUGGAAGAAGCCGAUCAACUGUAUCGACAAGCCAUCAGCAUGAGGCCGGACUUCAAGCAGGCGUACAUCAGCAGGGGGGAACUGCUGCUGAAGAUGAACAAGCUCACGGACGCGAGGGACGCGUACCUGCGUGCUCUGGAACUGGACCGCUCCAAUGCCGACCUGUGGUAUAACCUGGCCAUCGUCAACAUCGAGAUGAAGGAGCCCUCAGAGGCUUUGAAGAACUUUGACCACGCCCUGCAGCUCAGUCCACGACACAAACUGGCACUCUUCAACUCAGCCCUCCUCAUGCAGGAGUCAGGUGAGCCCAAGUUCUGGCCUGAGGCCAACCGUCGUUUUCUGACCUAUGUGGAGGAGGAGCCUUACGACGCUAACGGCUACUUCAACCUGGGCAUGUUAGCCAUGGACGCCAAUGAAAACGCAGCGGCCGAGCGCUGGAUGCACAAAGCCAUCUCUCUGCAGGCGGGCUUCCGGUCUGCCCUCUUCAACCUUGCCUUGCUUUACUCGCAGUCCAAACGUGAACUGGAUGCACUUCCUGUGCUGGAUGAGCUGCUGCGCCACCAUCCCGAGCAUGUUAAGGGCCUCAUCCUGAAGGGCGACAUUCUCAUGAACCACAAGAAGGACACGCGCGGGGCCAAAGCCUGCUUUGAACGCAUCCUGCAGAUGGAUCCCACCAACGUGCAGGGAAAACACAACCUGUGCGUGGUCUACUUCGAGGAGCGCGACCUGCUCCGAGCCGAACGCUGCCUGGAGGAGACGCUGGCCCUGGCGCCCAACGAGGAGUAUGUCCGCCGCCACCUGAACAUCGUCAGAGGCAAGAUGGCGGCUAUGAGCGUGGCUGGACAUCCGCUCACCCCUACCACGGAGGGAGCAGCGGAAGGGGAGAAGCCCCCGCUAGCAGAGGCGGAGAAGGAAAGGCGGAGUCCAGAUGCAGCCAGUGGCAGCGAGAAGAAUGUUAGGAAAUCCGCGUCAGAAAGCCAUAUGGGUGUGGACCAGUCAGAGCUGGACGCAAGGCAGUCUGAGAAACGGACUCAAGCCAAGUCCACUAAUGAGAUUAACGAGAUCGAGCAGAAGCGUGCGGCUGCUUUGAAGAGGCUUGAGGAGAUUGAGCGCAUUUUAAGCGGAGAUUGACGCAACUCUUCUUUUAGAUUUAGCCGCAACUAUUUUUAUACGGAACUUUUUUUUUUUUUUAAGUAAAUCAUGUAUUACUAAACAUUUCAAUUUCAACGCCAGGAAGGGAAAGGCCUCAAAAAGCACAAAUGAGUUGAUGAUUUUAACAUUGAGCACAAAGAGUCAUUGUUUAUCACUGGAUGUUAUUUUGUACCAAGACCCACUUUCUCUGCUGUUUUCUUCAAGGUACACACACACACACACACACACACACACUACUGAGGACAAUUCAAGGAAACGAUGAUGAUGAAGGCCUUCUCCAAAAGAGCAAAACAUCCUCCUCACGGCCGGCCUCUUGUAGUGUCCACUAAUCACAAUUGAUCUCCUGCUGCACUUCCUGCUUCUGCAUGGGCCACUUCCUGUUGGCCACUUAAUGUCAUUGUGAUUCCAUUCAGAGGCCGUCACCCCUCCCCUAUUGUCAUGUUAUCAUGUUCAACACACAAAACCUGCACGCUCGCCCUCGUCAUGUGAUCACCACCCUUCAUUCUGGCGUUUUCAGCCACUUUCAGACCACUCAUGGACCACUGCAGUGUUAAAAGCCACCCCCGCCCCCCCUCACAGUGCAAUACCUGUGUGGUGAUGAUGCAGCAGUUUAGUGCAACACUGGUUCCUAAAUGGGCGCUUUGCUAUGCAUUUUUGUGUUUACUUUGACCCCUGAAAAUGUACAUAAAUGAACAUGUAAUCCAUUAUUAUUUAUUAUUAUUUUGUAUGUUCUGCAAACUGUGACUCUCGUGUACAAUCACUGUCAGUGUUCAACUAGAAGGUACACCUUUAUCACUUUUUUUGCCUGCCGAGUGACUUUUUUUAUUUGGGAGCUUUUUUUAUACAAUGUGAUGAUAGUGGUGGGGAUGCAGAUUGUUAAAUAAAGUGAGAGGACAACUCAACUGGUAAUGAUUUGUGUGGUUUUGGCAGGAAGUCCAAUGGAAGUCUAAUACUGUUCUGACUGUGACUAAGUAGUAGUACAGUAAAAAAAAAAAAAAAAGGGGGGAGACACGCCCGCCAACAGGAAAGGAGCCCGCCCAUGGCUGGAGGCACCGUCCCCGCACGCCACCACCCAAAUCCAGGAAGCAGAGCCUGCCCCAGGCCACCUCAAGCCCGAUCACGUAUGUAUGUACUUGUAAGGGGGGAGGAAUAAUGAAAAUCAAUAAAUAAUUAAAACAAAUAAAUAAAAACAGCUCACGUACUACACACCUCUGGUAAUGUUUUCAAUCAUCACAAUAAGGCAAAAUACUGUAAGUAUUACAUGUUAUCAAUGUACUCAUGCAUGAUCACAGCAUGUAUAUAAAACGAUGUGAGAGUUUUUUUUAGAGGACUUCCUAGUCAAAAUAGCUGUGACCCAAUUACAUGCAUUGUUAGCUAGCUCAUAUUAACUUGUUUUCUUGCGUUAUAAUGCAUAGAAAAGUGAAAGAAAUAUGUGUUCCUGUUUCACAUCAGGAUUGUGAAUGAUGUUGACUGUACUGAACAUCAAUGUCAUCACUUGUCAUCGCUGGUGCCCAUCUGUGAUGACAUGACAAUAAAAAAACACUCUUGGUGCAUGUGCUGCCAAAUAAAAAUGUACAGUUCCAA